AUUCUCCAAACGUGAAUUAUGUCCUUUUCCCAGCAGGAUUAGAAGAAGACUACGACUUACUGUCACAAAAACAAGUUCACCUCCAACAACACUCAAAAAGAGCGACCUCGCACGAAAACGCGAAAGCAAUAAACAACCACUACGUAGAACAAAGGCAACGUUUUGCAAAGAGAAUUUUAACAAAACCCAUCCGCUCUAUUAAAAAAACCCAAUCCGCUCCAUCAAAAUGUCUCUCUCCGGAAACAACAAGCUGGCCAAGGUCGCUGCGGCGACGGCCGUUCUCGCGGCGACCGCGGGGGUAUGAAAGUGCACAACUCCACCUCCCCCUCAUUUGUAUAGCAUGAACGGCAACACAAGUGUCAGCAAGAAUGCAGGGUUUGCAUGACAAAUUUGGACAGGAGUGUAGUGCUAUGUGGGCUGCCACAACUUGUCAUGCAGCCAGUGCUAAAAGCGAAGGAGUAAAAUUAGGUAUUUUAUUGCAUGACAAAUGAGCAGGAAGAAGAGUUGUGCACUCUCAUAGUAAGCGGUUUCCACGAAAAACGAGGUCAAGGCGAAGAAGAAUUUGAAGACCCUGAUCAUGAAGAGCAAGGCGGCGGCGGCUGCCGGCGCGUCUUCGAAGAAGGUUUCGAAAAAGACGACUUGGGACGACAAAGCUAUGAUGGACAUGUACCUGGCGGCUGUGGAUACGCACUCGCAAGCAUUUAAGGACGCGGUGGAGGCCAACUGCGAAUUUCACGAAGAAAAACUGAAGGAGGAGGGCUGCUGCAAAGCCGGGGCGGAUAUGAACGAAGGCAUCGACGGGAUCACCACGGCCGGCCUCUUAUCCCAUGUGUAAAAACGUCCCCACGACCACGACGAUCCCAAAGGCUGCAAGUUGGGAAUUCUGCAACACAAGUCCAGAACUUUUUGGGAGGCGCGCAUGCCAAGUUUGAUGUUCUCUUUGUAGUGUUGUUGUGCAGGUUUCUUUAGCAAGUGCCGCCGCAUCUUCACAACGCCACCAGCGUAUGCAAGUUGUCUGCGCACUGAAGCAUUUAUUUUUACAAAUGAAGCAAAACACGACCAGCGGGAUGCGCAUUUUUACAAAUGUUGUUCCCGUUGAUGCAAAUCUGCAAAAGAAAUCUGGUUCUUCGGGGACGCUUUUACACGGGACACCGGUUCAAAUGCGACGACGUGCGGGAGAUCCAGAAAAACUACGGUUGCAACCCCUGCACAGCUGCCUCUUCCUCGCGCUCCGGCUCUGGCUCGGGUUCCAAGAAGACUAUGCAUUGCAAAUAUCGUCGACCUGGCGGUCUGCAAAAAGGCAGAAGUUUGUCAUGCAGGUUGUGCAUCGUGAGCAUGUCCCAGAAGGUCGUCUAGAAACCUGACCGAGCACCAUCACAAGUUUUGCGAGAACUUAAUUGUCAAGCAGUCUAGUAUGCAUGAGAAGUAAUCCUCUUAUCUCGCCAGCGUGGCCAAAAGUGGUCAGCUUUUCUUGCAACUACCGGUGCGGGGCGGAAGAUCUUCGUCUGACCCGAAGAAACAAGCAUCGCAUGUUUCUUGCACCUUUGUUCCAGACCGCCAUGCCGCGUAUUUGCGUUUGAUAUCGUCUUCUGAAGGCUGCUGCCGC